CUACUUGCGUCUUGGGGAAGCAUACGUGACCCCGGGGUUUAACGCGGGAGUGGACAAGCUUAUCCACUGCUCUGGGCCAGCGCAACUUACGCCGCACCCCAUGAAAGAGCUGCAACGGACGUACAGGAACGUGCUGCGCUGUAUCCGACGCGAGAAUCUCAGCUGUGUGGCCAUGACGUCCAUCUCCACGGGCAACAAUUCCCUGCCUGUGGAUACUGCGUCGUGGUUUGCGCUGUGUGCUAUCCAACGCUUCAUGCGCUCCACGCCCAACUGGACGGCGACGAUUGGCAUCGUUUGCUACGAGGCGGAUGCGUACGCGGCGUUCUCUAAAAACAAGUCCAAGCUCCUGGCCCAGUUCAACGCCGACUCCAUCCGCGCGAAUCCUCCGGUUCGGCUGUGGUAAGUCGGCGGCACGUGAGCCGUGUGAUAUGGCGAGGACCUGCUUGAUUCAUAUUUUAUUUAGGUCGAACCUCGUGGAAGUCGUGUUUGGUGGGGAGAGUGCUGGAAGAAGAAGAAGGUGUAAGCGGCGUAGCAAGAUGCGUGUACGAAGGUGAGAUGUUUCCCAUGUGAUAUGCAUGAAAUAUAUGGAGAUCCUAUUUACUGCACUAGGAUACUACCAGUUCGACAAAACCCAGAUUGGUUCCCAGGUCCAAGUGAUGUACUACGUAGUAUGAUAUCGUCAGUGGAGGUUUGGUAUUCCAGGCAAAGCUCUAAAAUGUUGCAGGGCCCGAUGUCCACUCCAAGCUGCACUGACGAACGAGCCCGUCCGUCCAGUCAAGUGAGCUCAAGUCGAUUGGACCAAGUAAGCCGAGCGCUUCAUUGUGCGUUUAGCUAUCGCCUCCACAAGACUGCUUUGAACCACUCAACCACUGCAUCAUGGCUUCUCUGGUGAAAGGACUUGCCGGUGAUCUCCUGGGCUCUGGAGACGUGUGCAAGAUUGUCUCCGACUUCUCCAAGUGCCAGGCGUCGGCCCAACGAAACCAUCGCGUUCUCAAUGGUUUUCGCCAAGGAGGAGUUCACGUUCACCAACAUGGCGUUGAUCAAGCUCAUCGGUGAAAACUCGACCACCACACGCAAACUCGUGGAGCGCCUCGAUUACAAGGACAACACGAUCAGACACGUCCAGUUCGAGAGCGCUGGUAUCGCGGACCGAGACUGUGAGAUCAAGCUGCACAUCGGCACGACGGAGGUCUCGAUCGACAUCGCCAGGGGUGAAGUCACUGCAGCUCAAGGCAUUUACAAGGUGCUGGAGCUCAUCAGCCGCGCGCAACGAUCGAAAGAGCGUCUGUGGGAGAUCAGCACUCUGGGCAUGAAACAUGCCAGUGAGACCUUGCGUCUUGGCGAGAAGAGUGGCCAGGCGCUCACGAAGCAGUCCGACGAAGCUACGGGAUGGCUGUAUGAAGCGUACAAGCGCACCCACCCGCACUGCUACCGCGAGGUCAUCCCGACCGCCUUCUCGGACCUUCACCUAGUCAACAAGUUCGCUAACUAAGCAGGCUGUUUGCAGGGGAGACAGAGAUGGCUGCAUCGACGGUAAGUGUACGGAGGACCCGAAAGCAGCUUCGAAGAUUGCAUAUCCGUACGAUUGAGUAGCGACACAUGCAGCAGAGUAGCAAGUUGUGGCAUCAAUCGGUUAAUUUGUUUUACGUGCAGCUCGUCUCGCACACCUAAUUUGUCUUUGAUCGCUUGCUCUGGUAUCAUGUAAGUAGCGCUACCAUAGUGGAUUUUGUUUCGACACACAUGAGCGGUAAGCUCGAACAGCGUAGUAAACUUCAAAACGAGCUGGAUUUUUUUUCUAAAAGUGUAUCCAUGUUGAUCAGUAAAAUCGAUACCCAAAAGGCAAGUGCCGUCCGUUCGACCAAGACGCGAUCCUUCAUUCGGAUAUUCACCUCCUCUUCGACAUCACCGCACUACUUUAAACGCAUCAUGGCUUCACUGGUAAAGGGCCUUGCGGGCGACAUCACCGGAUCUGCGGACGUCUGCAAGAUCGUGGCGGACUUCUCCAAGUGCCAAGCAUCAGAGUACCUUCUCCCAAAUGAGACCGUCGCCUUCUCCCUCGUCUCCUGCAAGGAGGAGUUCACGUUCACCAACAUGGCUCUCAUCAAGCUCGAAGGCGAGAAUGCCACCACCACUCGCAAACUUGUAGAGCGCUACGAGUACAAGGACGACAAGAUCACCCACGUAAAGUUCGAGAGUGCGGGUCACGUCGACCGCGACUGUGAGAUCAAGUUCCACAUCGGCGGCAAGGGGAUCUCCAUCGACAUUGCCAAGGCUGAACAGACGUCGGCUCAAGGGAUCUACAAGGUGCUGGAGCUCAUUGGUCGGGCUCAGGUGGCGAACGAUCGACUCUGGGAGGUCAGCACUCUGGGCAUCAAACACGCCAGUGAAGCUCUCCGUCUUACGGAGAACAGCGGCCAGACGCUCACCAAGCAGUCGGACGAAGCUACUGCGUGGCUCCUUGAAGCCUACAAGCGCUCGCACCCGCACUGCUACCGGGACGUCAUUCAAGCUGCCUUCUCGGACCUCCGACUCGUGGACAAGAUGGGGCAGUAGAAGGCUCUCUCCUUUGGUUUGCUUGGUCGUUGCGACCAAGUGAUAAAAUAAUAAUGUUACGGACAUACCCAGCACGUUGUCCCUGCCUACUUGU